AUGGAAAGCCGACAACCCAGAGUGUACACGGCCCGCGAACUUGAGGCAGCACAGACCCUGGCCACCUUCCACUUGGUGGACAUCGUCUUCCACCCAGCAGGGAGUCAAUUUCAACAGCCAGUCCACCCGAUCCGCUUCGCUCCACGCAACCGGGGCGCGGCUCCAAGCCGUCAACUUCAUCCCGUCAGUGGGCCUGGCUCGAUGAUUCUCCCUGCUGGCUCUGGAUACUUUCGAAACGUCAACUUGACAACAGGGCUGUCGUAUGUGCGAAUGGCAGGAACUCCUCAAGCCCGCCAAGUUCAACUGGUGACGGUCUCAACCGCUCUUCCUGCUGCCACCGCAUUGCCUCGGAACGCCAACUCAACAGCAACAUCAGGUCAGCCACAUGUGCACAUGGCAGGAAACCCUCAUGCCACACCCGACAAUCAAGUGCAGAGACGACCACGAUACCGAUACAGUUGUUACCUGUGCCACCAUGUCUCCCUGAGAAUUGGGUGCGUGGCCAACCACAUAGUCAAUGUGCACGGCUAUCAAAGAGCCCAGGUUGACAGAGCCAGAAUCGAGGCUUCAGGCGUACAGAUGGGAUGA